AUGGUGGAAGGGCCGGGAUGCGCACUGAAUGCAGAGAAAAUCCGGGCCCGGGUGCACCCGGGUCAGGCGGUGACCGGUGUACGAGGAAGCGCGUUGCAGCCACCCGGGGCACCCUGGCCCCCAGCGGCUUGCCCCGGGGCACAGGCAUCCUCUCCCUGGACUGCUCCAAUGAACAGUAAUAAAGAUUCCUGUUGGAAUUUCCCAGGACUGCUUAAUGGAUGUGUUUACAGUGGUGUGGAAACUUUGGGGAAGGAGCUUUUUAUGUACUUUGGUCUAAAAGCUUUAAGAAUUCACUUUGGAAUGAAUGGUGCUGUCCUGAUUAAUCCACUCAAGAGUAAAGAUCAAACUAGGACACCCCCUGUUCUUGAAGUAAAACUCACUAAAGAUUUGAUUUGUUUCUAUGACUCAACUGUAGAAUUCAGAAAUUCUCUGGAAAGUAAACAGAGGAUCAGAAUGAUGGAAGACUUAGAUGUCUGCUCACCCAAAUUUAACUUCUCAAGGGCAGAAAGUGAAGUGAAAAAGCAGAAGGACCGGAUGUUAUGUGAUGUGUUAUUGGACCAGAAUGUAUUACCUGGGGUUGGAAACAUCAUCAAAAAUGAAGCUCUCUUUCACAGUGGACUUCACCCAGCAGUUAAAGUUUCUCAGCUAAGAGAUGAACAGAUAUGUCACCUUGUGAAAAUGAUACGUGACUUCACAAUCCUCUUUUAUAGGUGCCGCAAAACAGGCUCAGCUCUUUAUAGACACUAUAAGGUGUACAAACGCUCUGACUGUGGUCAGUGCAGAAGCAAGAUAACUGUAUGUCGCUUGGGGGAGAAUAACAGAAUGACAUACUUCUGUCCUCGUUGUCAAAAGGAAAAUCCUCAGUCUAUUGAUAUAAGCAAGCUACCCACAAGAAACAGUCUGAUUGGCUGGCCAUGUAGUAGGGGACUGUAUCCUAAUGAACAUGUUGCUCAGAAAGCUGAAGAGGAAUGGACAUGUGCUGUCUGCACCCUAAUAAACAAGCCUUCUGCUAAGGCAUGUGAUGCUUGCAUGACUUCAAGGCCCAACGAUGCAAAAGCAGAGGAGGAUGUCGAUAAUUCUGUCGGCUAUGACAACAAUUUGAUGAAGUAUCCUUGUAACAGUUUUGUCAAACGCCAUCCGGAAGUGAAGAUCAACCGGAGAACUGCAUUUGGAAUGACAACUCUGGUUUUGACAGACUUAAGCAAUAACUCCAGUUCUUUAGAAAGCAUCAGAAACCAAAACACGAAGCCCAGUGGAGAUUUUCAAAACUCUUCUGUUGGUGACAUUUGUUUUAGUGACGCACAGCAUCCCUCCAAGGAGAAAGGAAAAUAUAUGGCUCUACCAUUGGACAAAGUCAGUGGAUCGCCUGUAUUUGACUCUCAAUCUAGUUUAUUAAGUCCAGCAUACAAAAAAUUAAAGACUAACCACUCAUUUCCAGAGCUCAAUAGUUGCAGCCCUGGCUUCUCAAGAAUUGAACUUCAAGUUAACAGGACAGAUAACACUUGUACCAAAAAUAUUAACAGUCCUCACUGCCGUAAACACAACCUCCUCUGCGUUCUCCGAGUUGUGAGGAAGGAUGGAGAAAGCAAGGGCAGGCAGUUUUAUGCUUGUCCUUUACCGAGAGGAAGCCAGUGUGGAUUUUUUGAAUGGGCUGAUUUAUCUUUUCCAUUCUGCAACCAUGGAAAACGCUCAAUCAUGAGGACUGUGUUGAAAGUUGGUCCUAAUAAUGGAAGAAAUUUUUUUGUGUGUCCCCUCGGGAAGGAUAAACAGUGUGAUUUCUUUCAGUGGGCCCCAAAUGGACCAGGAAUAGAGAUCAUCCCAGGAUGCUAAUUGUUUUUGACUUGUAUAGCUUAUCUGGUUCUUAAUUUCUUAAAAUGGUAAACAAGGUAUUAGUUCCUUUUUUAUUUAAUUUUGCUGUUAAAUAAUAGCCACAGUUCACUGGGAGUGUCACUGUGAUGCUUGAAGAUUAUUGUUGAUAGUCCAGAGAUUUUAAUAGAUUUCUUCCAGCCUCUUCUGUAUAUGUAUGUAAUCUUCCCCGUACUCCUGCUCUAUAUUACUUUUUCCGCAUGAGGACAUUAUAUUCUGUCAAAUAUAGUAA